GGCGAGCCGAUGAAGGCCCCAUGCGCGUCCUGCCAUGUUUCCGGCAGCGAGUGCGUUCUCAUCAAGUCCCGGCGUGGAGGGAACUUCCGUCGACAGAAGUCCGGUUUGGCCUCGAGUAAUGCGACACCAACUGGUUCAAGAGAGAUAUUUGAUUCUGCUGUUGGCAGUGCUGAACCUCACUCAGAUGGCGAGGACAGUGCUACAGAGUCCGGCGAUGUGUUGAAUAUGGAGCUGCGGAACCCGUCUGAUGCAUUGCAGAUUCUGGCACUGUCUGGGGAGAAUCAACGGAGUGAACCAAGAGAUCCCUCUCUAUCUGAAUCUAAUAUAGCAAAUUCUGGUCGGGGCUUAAACUCGGGGGAGUACAGGGCUGCCGCUCAGCCUGGGAAAGACCCGACUACAAUAUUCGAUGACUAUGAGCUGGUGCAAAGAGGUCUAAUACGGCCAGGCGUAGUAUAUGAAUUACUCCAUCGAUACUCUCACUACUAUCAUCCGUACUGCCCCAUCGUGCCACUAUACUUCCUCUCUUCGGCCAACACAGAGAAGAUCCAGCGAACAGACUACUUCCUUCUCACUGCUAUUUUGACGAUUGCAUCAAGAGACGAUCCUCGUCAUUCACUAACCCACCGCUACUGCUGGGACCAUGCCCAGCGGCUGCUAAUCGAUGUACUGCUUUCGCAUCCAUGGACCCAGACUCCACGGACGGUGGAAGGGCUACUCCUUCUCGCGGAGUGGCUGCCGCAUAUUCAAGUCCAGGAGACUGCAUCCGAAGCUUCGAAAAACCUCUUUAGCGAGGACAGGACCGCCUGGUCUCUUGUUGGUCUGGCAGUGCGGCAUGGCUAUCUCCAGCGUCUGGACCAGGGCGCCUUUCGCAGUACCGGCAACAUCUCGAGAGAGCGCGCGGAGCGGAAUAGACUUGUCUGGGCUUACAUCUGGAUAGCAGACCGGCAGAUAUCAGUGCGGAUGGGACAAUCGUUCUGGUCUCGAGGUCCAUCGAAUGGCGCGAGAUUCGUUGCUCAGGACUUUCCUAGUCUGCAGCCUCGUCCUGAGACGAAUAACGAGGACUAUGCGUCUGUCUUGCAGGCUACGACGGAGCUGAUUCAGAUUCUACACAACGCCCAUGCUAUUCUAUUCGCGUCCAAGGACAGAACCCUCGCUAUGAUCUACGAUGGACAGUACUCUAGAUAUCUAGACGACUUCCGAGCAGCUGCUAGGACAUGGCAUUCCACAUGGUCCCAUAUAUCUGUGUCGACAAAGGUGCAAACAACGCUACUCAUUAUGUAUGAGUAUAUCUGCCUCUAUACAAAUGCGUUCUCCUUCCAGGCGGUUAUCACAAGAGCAGCAAACCCACGACUGUCUUCGCAAAAGGAACAGCAGAACAAGAAACCAUUUACAGAGCUUCUAUCCCACGGCAUCAUGUCCUCUCCUGAUGGGCGGUUCAUCUUUGACGCUUUCAGCGCUGCCAGAAACCUCCUUUCCUUGAUGAACAGUCUUGAUCCGCAAAAUGUGAUAUGCUAUUUACCAUCGCGGUACUACCUAUACGGAGUCUACGCCGCCGUCCUCCUGCACAAAGCCGACUGCACGGGCGCAUUCCAACUCGGAACCCAGCGCCAGGAAAUCAUCUGCCUGGUACGGGACUUCAUCUCCGUCCUCGAAAAGGCCCCGUCAACAGAAUCACAUAUCUGCCAUAGCUACAGCCGCAUGCUCAAACAGCUCUGGACAAGACGGGAAAGACGAUACUCGAAAUCAGCAGCCCGGAAACGCGGACAGACAGGCGAAGCCAACACGGUGUUGCAGAACCAGAACCAGCACCAGUUACGAAAUGACCAGCAAAGCCCCGCGGGGACGGCGAUGUCGAAUUCGCAUUCUACGCCAGAGGACUUUGGCUUGCAGCAUAUAUUUGAUCCGGUUGCUGUGGAGAAUGACCUGGCGUUUCCUUCCGUUGAGGGCUAUUUCCAGGGCUCGUUUAUGCCCGGGGUUGCGGACUUUGGGUCGCCUUUUGAUGGGGGGUUGGGUAUAUUGUCGGGGACACAGGAUUGGGAUUUACAGGCUGGAUUGGGUUCGGGGGAGUUGUAG